AUGCCGAAUAAAAACAAGAAGGAGAAAGAACCUGCAAAAUCAGUCAAGAGUGGAAAAAGUGGCAAAGAAGGACAAGAUAACCAAGAACAUGAGGUGUCAAACAAAAAAUCAAACAGCACUCCACCCCCAGCACAACUAUCUAAAAUCAAAGUACCAGCACCACAGACAGUACUGAAGAAGGAAAAGCGUCAGAGUUCUUCAAGAUUUAAUGUUAGCAAUAACAGGGAGCUUCAAAAACUGCCAGCUUUAAAAGAUGUUCCCCCUGCUGAUCAAGAAAAGCUUUUUAUCCAGAAGUUACGACAAUGUUGUGUACUUUUUGACUUUGUUUCUGAUCCACUAAGUGACCUAAAGUGGAAGGAAGUAAAACGAGCAGCUUUAAGUGAAAUGGUAGAAUAUAUCACACACAAUCGCAAUGUGAUUACAGAACCUAUUUACCCUGAAGUAGUACAUAUGUUUGCAGUUAAUAUGUUUCGAACAUUACCACCAUCUUCCAAUCCAACUGGAGCAGAAUUUGAUCCAGAGGAAGAUGAACCAACCUUAGAAGCUGCUUGGCCUCAUCUACAGCUUGUUUAUGAAUUUUUCUUAAGAUUUUUAGAAUCUCCAGAUUUUCAACCUAAUAUAGCUAAGAAAUAUAUUGAUCAGAAGUUUGUAUUACAGCUUUUAGAGCUCUUUGACAGUGAAGAUCCUCGUGAAAGAGAUUUUCUUAAAACAACUCUUCACAGAAUAUAUGGGAAAUUCUUAGGCCUAAGAGCUUACAUUCGGAAACAAAUUAAUAAUAUAUUUUAUAGAUUUAUUUAUGAAACAGAACAUCACAAUGGCAUAGCAGAAUUACUGGAAAUACUGGGAAGCAUAAUUAAUGGAUUUGCCUUACCAUUAAAAGAAGAGCACAAAAUAUUCUUAUUGAAGGUUUUGUUACCAUUGCACAAAGUAAAAUCACUCAGUGUCUACCAUCCCCAGCUGGCGUAUUGUGUAGUUCAAUUUUUAGAAAAGGACAGCACACUUACAGAACCAGUUGUAAUGGCACUGCUGAAAUACUGGCCAAAGACUCACAGUCCAAAAGAAGUCAUGUUUUUAAAUGAACUAGAAGAAAUUUUAGAUGUUAUUGAACCAUCUGAAUUUGUAAAGGUCAUGGAGCCUCUUUUCAGACAGCUGGCCAAAUGUGUGUCUAGUCCACACUUUCAGGUUGCAGAGCGAGCAUUAUACUACUGGAAUAAUGAAUAUAUUAUGAGCUUAAUCAGUGAUAAUGCAGCAAAGAUUUUACCCAUCAUGUUUCCAUCCUUGUACCGGAAUUCAAAGACGCAUUGGAACAAGACAAUACAUGGCUUGAUAUACAAUGCUCUGAAACUCUUCAUGGAGAUGAACCAAAAACUGUUUGAUGACUGCACACAGCAAUUUAAAGCAGAGAAACUGAAAGAGAAGCUAAAAUUGAAGGAACGGGAAGAAGCAUGGGUUAAAAUAGAAAAUCUAGCCAAAUCAAAUCCCCAGUACCCAACAUACAGUGACACGAGUUUGCUGAACAGUCCUGUUGCAAUGGAAACAGAUGGGCCUUUAAUUGAAGAUUUGCAGAUGCUGAAAAAGACAGUGAAAGAAGAGGCUUGUCAGGCACAGAAAGAUCAGAAAAAAGAUCGUCCUUUUGUGCGACGCAAGUCAGAACUGCCUCAGGAUAUCUAUACCAUGAAAGCCUUGGAAUCACAUUGCAGAGCUGAUGAAUUGCUAUCACAUGAUGGGCAUUAAACUAUUAAAUAUUAUUUUGGAGGAAAAGUUUCUUUUCUGGACUCAGUUCUACAGUAGAACUUACUUCUUUGUGCCAUACCAAUCAGUUACACGCAAAUUCAAAGCUUUCUUCAACCCGGUUCUGUAGGCAAUAACUUUUAAAGAGUAUGCAGCUCAAGAUUAGUAGUUCAAACAAUGGUAGAUUACCCAAUUCCAUUUGCAAAUAUUGGGUUGACUAUAAUCAAGUGGACACCAUUUUCCUGGAGGUGUUAUCAUAGUAUCAGCUAGCUGAUAACAGGCAGUUUUUAUAGUCAUAUUUGAGAGAAGAAUUCUGUAAACUUUCUGACUAUAUGAGUGACCAAUAGUUGGUACUAAUGAUAGGUGAGCAUUCUCAAAACUCAAAUUGUUUCAAAUUUAAAUAUUAAACUUUUUCUAGGAUUUCUCAACUUUACAGUCAUUUCCACAUUAUUGCUGUCUUGUAAUAUACCAGAAGUUUUGAAAACAGUUAUUCUUUCGUAUUAUAAAA